AUGUGGAAGGCGCUCCUCACACUCGGGUCCCUCCUGGCCUUCGGAAGGGCCGAGGAGGAUGGCUCCUGCAUGCUGCAGGCGCAGCAGGCCCAGCACAUGGAGUCCCUGAAGGAGAGGCAGGAGGCGAAGCGAGAGAUGGCCCUAGAGAAGGCCCGGUUCAAGCACGCCCUGCACACGAAGUCCUGGAACCAGCAGUUCUGCAAGGGCCCCACGACGGAACUAAACUUCGACAGCUUCACCCACGGGACCGAGAUCAAGCCCUCCUCGGUGAAGUUCGUCAGCAUCAAGGCCACCCGCCGCGCUACGGCACCUCAGCCGGGCGUCCCCAAGCCUUGCCCUGGCCCCCUCUUGGUGUUGGACACGCGGGAGGACUACCGCAGCGUAGACAAGGAUCUCCAGAGGUGCAAGGACUGCCGGAUCGUGGUCUGGUCCAAGGACGGCAACCGGCGCAAGGUGAACGACUGCGGCGAGCACCCAGGCGUGCAAGUGGACUUCCGCUUCAAGCGGCUUCAGGACCUGGAGGAGAUCGAGCUCUGGGACCUUGAGGAGCCCACCUUCGUGGAGCUCUACGGCCCCAAGAACAAGCUGCUGAAGAACAUCUCGGCCCCUGAUGGGCCGUCUCAGGAUGGCAACCCCGCGAUCUUGCAACUUGAGACCAAGGGCGUGCGCGAGAUCAAGGUCUACCUCGGAGGCUCCGGGGGCAUCCGCCGGCUCACCGCGUGCGGGGGUGGUAGCGUCUUCGGCGACCCCCACAUCUACACCGUGGACGGCGAGAAGUUCGACCUCUACGAGAACGGCACCUACACCGUGUUCCGCUACUCGGGCCAGAAGCUGGCGCACAAGUCCAAUCACAAGAAGGCAAAGGCAGGGGUGGACUGGCAGCUCUACUCCCACUAUGGUGGCCCCCUGUGGACGGCACAGGGCCUGCUUCUGGUGGACCAGUCCAUGGGGCAAUUCCGUCAGGCGCUGGAGCUGACCAGCAAGGACUGCCAGUGGCGCAGCAAGACCGGAGACGGCCAGUGGCAGAAAGUCACCAGGAAGGGCUCCCUGUUUCUGGAGGAGGCGCAGGACUACGCCACGAGCUUCGAGUACGUCAACGAGAAGAAGAUCACGCUGCGCAUGGCCGGCGAGCGCGGCACCAAGGACACCAUGGUGCUGAACGCCGUGUGCAAGCCCAGUGGCAUCAACUUGCGCGUGACGAUGCCAGACAUGGCAGAGACCCGCUACUUGGAGGGCCAGGUCCAGGCGGGCAACGGCCGAACGCACAAGAAGUUCCAGAUCAACAGGGACUGGGCAAAGUUGGGCGGCAGCGCCGAUUCUGCAGACUUCCUCCAGAACUUGGAGAGCCAGCUGGGCCAGCAGGCCUUUCUGCUCAAGCCGUGCGCGGAUGCCGCGCGCGCCAAGGCCGAGAAGGCUUGCAUCACGCACCUGGGCAAGGAGAUGCGGAACGAGGAGGGCGUCGACGCGCAGAUCUUCGAUGACUGCGUCUCCGACGUGUGCCGGGGCGGGGAGGAGUUUGCCGAAUCGGCGGCGGAGCUCCUGGCCUCUUUGGCCUCUUAA